AUGGUUGCUAGCAAGGAAGAAGAUCCAGGCAGAAAGGUAGAAGGCAAGACGGCCGCCGACGAGGAAAAAGCUCCGGGCAGGGAGGACGGUGGAGACUGCAGCCGCUGGCAAGGAAGAAGAUUUGGGUGGAUUGGAAGGUUAGCCGCCGAUGAGCAAGAAGGGAGACAGCGCAUAGGUCGCGAGUACUAUGAGGAACCACGAGUGUUUCGUGAUGGCCCUCCUCCUCGUCUUGCACGAGAAAGGUCUGUCUCACCACGGCGCUUCGAGGGAGAGCUGUCUAGCCGCCGUGGUGAGCUCCGCAGAAUCCGUGACGACAACCAACAUCUGGUGGAUGAAAUUGUUGGACUCAGGCAAGCAAUGUCUCGUUUGAAAGAAGAUCUCCAUUCCUCAAGUCAGGUUAUACCUAAGCUCCGUGCUGAGAAAGAACUUGAAUCGAGGGAGCUGACUCAGAGGAAUCUGAAGCUGGAAGCUGAGCUACGCUCUUUAGAACCCCUUAGGCAGGAUGCCCUUCAGCUACGAUCUGAAGCAGGCUCGCUAGAGUCUUUGAGGCAAGAGCUCAACGCAAAGGUGCAGGGUCUGACAAAGGAGCUUGAGCAACAGAGCUCUGAAAACCAGCGCAUACCUGCCAUGAUAGCUGAACGUGAUGAUCUGCGGCAGGAACUAAUUCGUGCUAGGGCGGCUCUUGAUUAUGAGAAGAAUGCAAAGCCAGAGCUGAUGGCACAGGUGCAGGCAGUGGAGAAGGAUCUUGUGAGUAUGGCUCAGGAGUCUGAGAAGCUUAGGGCUGAAAUUGAGAAGAGAAGGGCACAACCACCUAGGGUCAGCGGCUAUGGAGCUUACGGACCACCUCCUGGGAUGGGCCUGCAAGGCAUGUACGACAGCGGCUAUAAUACCUACACAGACAGGCGCCACGUCGGCGUUCAUUGUCGGGACAAAUUACCUGAUAUCUCUGGUACUGAAGCUUGUGGGUGCUGGUACCUUGUUCAGAAGAUUGUAACCCUGGAUGCGCAUUGGCCACUUUAG